AUGCGUCUGCCUCGCUUCCAAGGGUACAAGUUCGACCGGGCAUUGCCCGCCGAGAUGCACGAGACAUGGGCGUGGGAUUACUUCUCGGGGCAGAUGAGAAGCAAACAGGGCGGCGACGCGCAACAGUCCCUUCCCCUUCGUGCAAUACCCUUCCAACGUCUACGAACAACUGGCCUGGGUGGCGAAACAGAAUCCAACUUGCAAGGCGAGUACGUGGCGGAUUUGGGUCAAAACAAGGUUGAACGGUUGAGUUCCGGGCAGCCCGUGGACAAUACGGACGUGUUGGGACGUCCGUCCGCCGGCGUCCAUUCGACCAAGAAACAUUAA